CACCUGUAUAUCUCUUGCACCUUCGUGCUCUGCAUUAUCUGUCAGACUGCCACUUCCUUUGUUGGAUAUAUAACAAAUAAAAAUACAGAAAAUAUAACCCUCAGGCACAAGGUCAUAUUCCCUAUCUUCCUUAAUCCUUCACUGUGUCUCUGUGUCCGCGUGUGUUUUUAUGGCGAUGGCAAUGCACGCGAAGUCAGACUCGGAGGUGACGAGCAUGGACCAGGGUUUGUCACCGCCGCGCUCUCCUCGGAGGCCCGUCUACUUCGUCCAGAGCCCCUCGAACCACGACGUCGAGAAAAUGUCUUACGGUUCGAGCCCCAUGGGCUCCCCCCACCACUACUACCACUGCUCGCCGAUCCACCACUCUCGCGAGUCCUCCACCUCGCGGUUCUCCGCGUCCCUCAAGAACCCCAGAAACCCAUCCGCCUGGAAGAAGAUACAGAAAGAGCCAGAGUCUGACGACGACUGCGACGAUGACGACCACGAAGGUGGAGUCUUCGAGGGUCCGUGCCGCAAAGUGAGGCUGUACUUCUUCUUCGUUUUUCUCUUCCUGCUGCUUUUCACGAUCUUCUCAUUGAUUCUGUGGGGUGCGAGCAAGAGUUACGAGCCUAAAGUAUUCGUUAAGAACCUAGUGUUCGAGAACUUCAACAUACAGGCGGGGAAUGAUCACUCAGGGGUUCCAACAGAUAUGCUGUCGUUGAAUUCGACGGUCAAACUCUUGUACAGAAACCCAGCCACGUUCUUCGGCGUCCAUGUCACGGCCACCCCUUUCGAACUUCACUAUUACCGGCUCCAACUUGCCUCGGGAGAGAUGAAAAAGUUCUAUCAGCCAAGGAAGAGUCAGCGAGCCGCGGUGACAGUGGUUCUAGGGCAUCAAGUGCCACUCUAUGGUGGGAUUUCGGCAAUCCCAAGCGUGAGAGACCACCAUGAGAAAGUAGCCAUUCCUAUGAACUUGACAUUUGUGAUGAGGUCGAGGGCCUACAUUCUGGGUAGACUAGUAAAGUCUAAGUUUUAUACAAGAGUCCGAUGCUCUGUAACUCUUAGAGGCAGUAAACUGGGCAAACCCCAUAAUUUGACACAUUCAUGUGUCUAUCAUUGAAUGGCCUACACCGUCUUGUCUUAGCAAUUUAUAUGAAUUGUCUCAGUGAGUAAUUACUUCUCAAUUUUCAGCCUGUAGAUGAUUUUUGUCAUUCUUAUUCGUAAAAAUUUGAUGUACUAAGUAUAUUUCAAUCUAGGCCUCAGUUUUUUGG